AUGAAUCCCUCGUUCAACUUCCUGACACUGUCUCCAGACUCUCCACUCCCGGCAAUCGACCGAUCCACGACCUUCCACCCCUUGUGGCCAAAUACUGUGGCCCUCAUCUCAUACGAAACUCUCGUCUAUGUCGGUCUAUCUGAAGCAAAGGCUACCGAGCUAUGGAGCCGAUGGAUCAACUGGCCCACUCAGGGACCCCGCCGCGAGACUGAUCCCGACGAUGGUGGAUUGGUAGUCACUUUCAAAGACUUCAUCAUCGGCUCCUUCGAAAACCAGGUUGACGCUGCGGAUGACAACGAUCAGCAGUGGCAAGCGUGCCUGAACGGGUCUGGUAUUGCUGUUGAUGUACAGAAUGCCAUUAUGGAUCCUCGCUUUAAGUAUCUCCGCCUUUCACAGUCAUGCCUCUACUGGGUCAUCGACACUGUCAAAAUGCGCUACGCAGGGCUCGAAGACAUUCAGAGAUCGUCGCGUGAGCGAGAUAUGCAACUGCGACGGAUUGCCACUCAUUCUGGUGGUAAUCAAGGAGGAAGUGGUAAUCAAGGAGGAAGUGGUAAUCAAGGAGGAACCAGCCAGGGUCAACGUUCCGUCUCCGGCUUUCAACAACAGUAUACACCUGGCAUUGGCCCAGAUAUCUGGGGCUCGGCAAGUGCCUCUGGACAUACUGUGCUCUUCAAGGCCCUCGAUCAGGGUCGCAUUGCUGGUCUCUUUGACGAAGCAGGUACCUUGGAUCGCAUCAGCACCCUUCUAAGCUCACCACCAAGCGACUUCAGUGGCACUCGAUCCCUCUUCUACUUUACACCAAACCACCAGGUGGCAGUGUACCAUGCUUCAUAUGCUACAAGGCGCGCCAAUUGCGAAUCUAUCGUCAUUAUCUGUCUCCGCAUUCCGAAUGCCGCUAUCGAGAGCCUCUCAGCAUCCGAUAUUCAGCGCGUUUACUGGCCUAGCAAUGAGUGGAAGGAGCUGAUUUGGCGCUGCCGCACCAUGAAUUCUCUCCCAUUAUACCUGCGAAAGUAUCGAAAUGCUAUUCUCGUGAUUGGUACAAUUUCGCGGAAACCACACAGUGUCUACCAUGCAAUGAACUCAUGGCAGGAGGUUACCGAGAGAUGUUUGUUGCGACUCGGACCGCCUGGCCACGAAAGUCCAACCGUCCAGUAUGUCUUCUCAGGAGAAGAUGAGGGACGUCAGUUUUUGAUCGAAAACGGUGCCCGAAACAUCAAAGUCUUUCCCUAUCCUCAGUCCGAGCUUGAGACGUGGCUUGCCGCCAAUUCUUCCCCUGACUAG